CUUGUCUUCCCGCUGCAACCCGAGAGGAAAACAAAGAAAGGGAACCCAGCCAACCUUUGAGAAACUAGUGAGAAAGCUUGGAGAUUUCUCCUUCCUUCUUGCUCUAGAACACACCUAGAACCCAGAAAUCUUCCCUCCCCUACUGGAAAAAUCCGGAUCUGCUGCUGCUCUGCUCCUCACCGCCGGCUGUUCCUUGCUUGUGGGUGCGAAUUGUCUUGAUUUUCUGGUAAGAAACAGCCAUUAAUCGAUCCUUUUAGCUUGAUUUAACUUGGGUUUGCCUUAAUUUCCUCUUGGUUCUCCAAUUUUUGGGUAGAUUGCGUGAUUCUUCCCUGCAAUUGCCGCCGGCCUCUUCCCCCUGCAGCUCCAGUUUUAGCUGGAGAAUUAUGUGUUUUGGCCAAUUUGUGAAAGUCGAGGUUACUGUUCACGUCGGGGUUACUGUUCACCAGCACUGUUCGCCGGUUACUGUUCACACCACGAGGGCCAACAAUUAACGGGAAUUUAAAUGAUUAGUUUGUGAUAUGAGAACGAAUUUGGAGAUGUCCGAUCAUGUGGAAAGUGAUAGAAAUAGCAUUGUGAUUAGGAAUGAUCCUAAUGAUGAUUUCAGCUUGAAUUUGUGAUAGUCCGAUAUUAAUUCUGAGGUGUUUUGAUUAGGUUCCCGAUCGUUCUGUCAGUUAGUGCGUGAAUUGAGUGCUCGGUUUUAUGCGAGUGAGGUAAGUAAAUUUAUGGUAAUGCCCGUACUGUCUUUAAAAGCAUGUUUUGAUUUGUUUUUGAAGUGGUGGCGGGACUAAACCCGUUUUACACGAGCAUGACUGAUUUGAAGUGAAAUGUUUUAUGCUUUUCACUAAAUUGAGCAUGCCUACUUGAAAUUUAAGUGAUUGUCCUGAUGAUCUGAAAGUGACUUGAAAGUGAUUGUGAAUUGUGAUUUGUCUGUUAACUUCAGCCUGUUUUGUCUCCGAUGUGGUCAUGUUAUUUGUGUGCCCGCUAGUGGGAGGUUUAUAAACGCUAGCACAUGUCGACAUGUUAGUGAAAGAGUCGGUUCGUUCAACCCUGCUAGUGGGGGUUAUACACCAGCAAAUUCUGUAGCCUGUCAGUGGGAGGUUUAUAACACUGGCCGUGACCUAUAGAGGAGACGUCUAUUUUGUGCCCGUACUGUAUCUGUUUUCGUGAUUGUACUUGUUGGCAUGCUUUAAGUUUGAUAAAGGGCACUCCAUAUUUACUUACUGAGUUUAUCUCAUAGUUUUUCCUUGUCCACCAUUUCAGGAAGUGAAACCGAGGACGGGGAAACCACGGGAAGUGACGAAUUAGAAGGCUAGCCAUAUUGUAAUUGGAUAUAAAUGUUAGAUAUGAAU